UACUACCUAUAGUCACUGCUGCCGUCGCUUUUACGCAACAAGGUGCGGUGUAUCCUUGACAAAUUUAUUAAAUUUUCAAUAAAAUUGCAUAUAAAAUGUUGCGAUUUGUCGGAGAACGAAUAACAUCCGUUGCAAGGAAUUCUAUAAAACCACGUACCGCAGCUAUUAUUACUCAGACCAUUCGUGCUUCCCAUGAUGAAGCUGAGGAACCAGAAGAAGAAUUCAAUAAAAGAUAUAUAGAUUAUUUCAAUCGUCCACAAAUUGAUCAUUGGGAAGUCCGGCAAGUUAUGAACAAAUUAGCUGGUAUAGAUCUUGUACCUGAUCCCUCAGUCAUUUGUGCAGCAUUAAGGGCUUGCAGAAGGCUAAAUGAUUUUGCUCUUUGUAUAAGAUUCCUAGAAAAUGUAAAGGACAAAUGUGGAACAAAAGUUAAUGAAAUCUAUCCUUAUAUUAUACAAGAAAUCAGGCCAACUUUAGAUGAAUUAGGUAUCAACACACCAGAGGAACUUGGUUACGAUAAACCUGAAUUAGCCCUUCAGUCAGUUUGGGAUAUCCAUUAAGCCAAAAGCUUAACAGGAAAAUAUAGUAUUUAUGUAUAGAAAUUCUUUUAAUUUAACUUAUCAGUUAUUACCUGUUAUGUAAUACUGGUCUAAAUAAAUACUUAUUGUUCUGUA